AUGCCUUCAGCAAUCUCACACGAAGCCAGCGACUCGAUUGGCGACAGCCAUUCUGAUUCAAUUCCAACCCACCCUCUCGGAGUCAAGCCCCUGGGGAAUCAGUAUCUCGCCACCAGGCCGAUUGCCCGAAGAAGUAUUGGCACAUGGGCAGUUUUACCUGAUGAGAUCCUUGCCCUUGUUCUCGAGGGUUUCGACAAAAGUUCACUGUUGAGCCUUGGGUCUACAUGCAAGUUUUUAUAUGCAUUCUGCCACUCUGAAGAGCUAUGGAAAGCCCUCCAUCUUCGCAAUAUUGAGCUGGCAAAAUAUGUCACAGGGAUACCAAAAGCGAAUCAGAUUCACCGGUUUGAGAACCUCACAUAUGAAGAGUAUGCCGAAAGAUGGACCGAACAACCUUUUGUCUUGACAGAGUGCAUUCAAGAAUGGCCAGUUUACUCCCAGUGGACCAUUCAUUCCUUACUCGACAAGUUCGCCAAUGUUGAGUUUCGUGCCGAAGCAGUGGACUGGACAUUCUCACAGUAUUGUGAUUAUAUGAACCGGAACAGAGAUGAGAGCCCUCUCUACUUGUUUGAUCGAAAAUUCGCUGAGAAGAUGGAGCUCAAGGUCGGACACUCGGAGGGUGCCUCGUAUUGGCGGCCGGACUGCUUCGGGCCAGAUCUCUUUGAGGUCUUGGGAGACGAGCGGCCGGCUCACCGGUGGUUGAUUAUCGGGCCCGGACGAAGCGGGUCUACUUUCCACAAGGAUCCCAAUGGGACGAGUGCGUGGAAUGCCGUGAUUCAGGGGUCCAAAUACUGGAUCAUGUUUCCGCCAACGGCCCAGGUACCCGGAGUCUACGUAUCUUCAGACAGCAGCGAGGUGACAAGCCCCCUGAGCAUUGCUGAGUGGCUGCUCACGUUCCACGAGGAGGCGAGACACAUGCCUGAGUGUGUUGAGGGCAUCUGCAAUGCUGGAGAGAUACUUCAUGUUCCGAGUGGAUGGUGGCAUCUCGUGGUGAACAUUGAAAAGGGCAUUGCGCUGACACAAAACUUUGUCCCUCAGUCUCCCAGCCUAAAUCUAGUCUCCGAGGUCUUGUCGUUCCUAAGGGACAAGCCGGAUCAAGUCUCUGGCUUCUCGCGAGACGUGGAAGAUCCCUUUGGCCUUUUCACAGCCAGACUCAAGCAAAACUACCCAGACGUUCUGGAGAAGGCACUAGAAUUGGCUGAUAAGAAGAAUGGCAAAAAGAGAAAGUGGGAUACGGCGGUGGGCCGAGAUGAAGAGCAAGCAGAAGGGUUUAGUUUUGGGUUUGGAGGCGAUGAUGAUGAGAUCCCGUAA